GCUUUUGUAGCAAAAUACACUCGGAUGCACUCUAACAUCCCCCCUGCUCCUUCCCUUCUCUACCUCCCUUUCCCUUUCUCCUAUGGUUAUGCGACCUUGAAAAGGAAACAACCAAACUGGCGGUUAAGCCUAAAAUAAAACGAAAUAAACACACCACCUCUGCCUCUGCGCCUUAAAUACUAUAUGAACGCAACAUGAACUUCUGUUCAGGUCGCAAAACGACGAAAAAUCAAUUCCUAAAGGACGUUGAAUCUUAGUUUUGAAGCUUAUAGAAAUGAAAAUGCACGAGCUUGGACAAGAAGACAUGAUGGUCUCCGGUGGCCGCACGGUGAUGGUGGGGGUCAAACUUGACUCGCAGAGCAGAGAGCUUUUGACAUGGGCCAUGGUCAAAGUGGCGCAACCUGGGGAUACUGUUAUUGCUCUGCAUGUUCUUGGUAAUAAUGAAAUCGUAGAUCGAGAAGGAAAGUCUUCGCUUCUCUCGCUUGUCAAAACUUUUGACUCUGUUCUUGCAGUGUAUGAAGGUUUCUGCAACCUGAAACAGGUGGAUCUCAAGCUCAAGAUAUGCAGAGGUUCAUCGAUACGAAAAAUUUUAGUUAGGGAGGCAAAAUCUUACUCGGCAGCAAAUGUUAUAGUUGGAGCAGCCAGGAGUCACCAUACAAUCCGUUCACCGACAUCUGUUGCUAAAUAUUGCGCCAAGAAGCUACCAAAGGAUUGUUCAGUUCUUGCUGUCAAUAAUGGGAAAGUUGUGUUUCAGAGAGAAGGCACUCUAGCUAAAAGUGGUGAUUCGCUUGGAACUGAAGAUGAUCGCCGAAAUGGUCUUCUUAAUGUGAUUCAAAGGUCAAUUUCAUUAAGUAAGAAUUCCAAAGUCCUAAAUGAAAGCGGUACUGAUGAGGCCUUAAAGUAUGAUGAGGGUAACAACCAGAUUUUAGAGCGGGCCUUAGUUAUGACCCGUCCGAAUAGUUUGGGGAGUAUCAUGAAACGGAGUUGCUCAAUUUGUGGAAAAGUUGCUAAAUCUCUGGAUGACUCAUGUAAGCUGUCUGUUGAAGAGUCUUCUGGUGAUAAUGGUUGUGAUGAUAAAUCUUUAGCUUUAGUCCCAGUUCCAAAGGUUGAGGCGCCUUCCUGUUCAAUUUCUUCUUUAAUCAGACAGGUGCCUGAACUGAAACCUGGUUGGCCACUACUUAGCCGUGCAUUCUUACCAGAUGGACAAUCAUCAGAUGGAUCCUCAGUGAGGCAGAUCUCAGUGGUGCAAUGGGCAAUGAGGUUGCCAAGCAGGCAAUUUUCAACAUAUAUCUCCAAUUUGGAUCACAAAAAAAAUGGUAGUGAUCAGGUUGAAAAUCAAUCGAGUUUAGAUGGAGAAAGUGGCGCAAUUGUUCCAUUUGGCACAGAGACAUUGACAUUUCCACCUUCUCCCGACCAUUCUAAAAGUAAAAAUCUACCAAAAGAAUUGGAGGGUCUUCAUGAGAAAUACUCUGCAACUUGCAGAUUGUUUAAUUACCAAGAACUUCUGGCAGCCACAUCUAAUUUCUUGGCUGAAAAUUUGGUUGGGAAAGGAGGCAGCAGUCAGGUUUAUAAAGGUUGCCUCCCUGAUGGCCAGGAACUCGCUGUGAAAAUCUUGAAGCCAUCCGAAGAUGCAUUGAAGGAGUUUGUUUUAGAAAUUGAGAUUAUUACUACCUUACAUCACAAGAACAUCAUUUCUCUUUUGGGGUUCUGUUUUGAGGACAACAAAUUUCUCCUGGUUUACGAUUUCCUAUCGAGAGGAAGUCUUGAAGAGAACCUCCAUGGUAACAGAAAGGACCCCCUUGCAUUUGGCUGGAGUGAGAGAUACAAGGUGGCUGUAGGAGUAGCUGAGGCCUUGGAUCAUCUUCACAGUGAAUAUGCUCAGCCUGUGAUCCACAGAGAUGUUAAAUCAUCAAAUAUACUUUUGUCUGAUGAUUUUGAGCCUCAGCUUUCUGAUUUUGGACUUGCUAAAUGGGCACCAACCUCCUCAUCUCAUAUAAUCUGCACUGAUGUUGCUGGAACUUUUGGUUACUUGGCUCCUGAGUACUUCAUGUAUGGCAAAGUAAACAACAAGAUCGAUGUGUAUGCAUAUGGUGUUGUGCUCCUUGAGCUUCUCUCAGGAAGGAAGCCUAUAAGCAAUGAUCUUCCAAAAGGCCAAGAAAGCCUAGUUAUAUGGGCAAAGCCAAUUCUAAAUAAUGGAAAGGUUUCCCAAUUGCUGGACCCAAGCUUGGGUGAUGACUAUGAUCAUGAUCAGAUGGAGAGGAUGGUUUUAGCUGCCACUCUUUGUGUAAAACGUUCUCCACGAGCUAGGCCUCAAAUGAACCUUGUUGUGAGGCUCCUCCAAGGGGAUGAUGAAGUGACAAAGUGGGCCAGGCUGCAAGUUAAUACUGCAGAAGAAUAUGACAUGCUGGAUGAUGAAGCAUGUCCGCGUUCAAAUCUACAGUCUCAUCUUAACCUUGCAUUGCUUGAUGUAGAGGAUGAUUCACUCUCCAUGAGCAGCAUUGAGCAAACCAUCUCAUUGGAGAAUUAUUUGCAAGGCAGGUGUAGCCGGUCAUCAAGCUUUGACUAACCAACUACACAGUUCUGGCACGCAAAAUGCUAGUAAAAUAUCAAUUACUCUUUGUGAUUCUUUUGUAUAUUCCAUUGAUUUUUAACCUUCAUUGCCAUUCAGAUUUUUGUUGUCUUUUGUUUUUACUUGCAUAAGAGUUACAGAUAGGUGUAGGAUGAGAGGUUGUUUGUGGUGUGCCCUCCUCCUUCCCUUGAACAAAGUUCCCAACUUGUUGGGACAUUUCUUUCUGCCACAAAGGUGUCGGUGGUUGAAUGAAUCAAGAGUGAAAUCUGUUGUAACAGUUGAGCACAAGACCUUAUUGUAUUUAGAACAUUCUCUGAUUGAAUGAGUGGUGAGCCAGGUAAUCAUUGCUCCCGUUGCCUAUAGAAAGGCUAAUACCAUAAA